AUGGGAACCCGGCUCUAUGUGAGCCAGGCGGAGGCCUAUUUACAGUUAUGUGACUUCCAGUCUGCAGUCGUCAGCUACAGGCAUGCCUGCCUCCUGGAGCCUCAGGCUAAGACCUUACACACACGUCUAGCCUUCAUCUAUUACCUUCAGGGCCAAUGUUUGUAUGAUAAGGGCAUGUUCCUGGAUGCUCUGGAGUCGUUUGCCAAGGCUGCCGAGCUCAAGCCUAGCUGCAGGUCAUAUCACAUGAGGAGCCUGGCAUGUCUGACGGCCCUGGGCCGCUAUACUGACUGUCUGAGGCUGGUCAGUAACUGGCUGGAGGCAGACUCUCAGACCGCAGAUCUGUUCACCCUCAGAGCACGGCUCCACAAACAGCUCAACCAGGUAAAAAUGUGCUACCAUGAUCUGAGGUCCGCUUUGAUUCUCAGUCCGUCGUGCCCAGAGGCAGGUGCCCUGAUGGGCCAGCUAGAGGAGGCCAGUGAAAGGGCCAGGCAGCAGGCCGUCAGCAGGGCUCUGGCAGGGGAGCUCACAGAGGCCCUGUCCAAGAUCAACACAGCCCUGGAGCAUUGCCCUGAGACUGGGCGGCACUACCUCUUCAGGGGUAUUCUGUACCGCAGGCUGAAAGAGUUUACUGCUGCCAUUGAGGACUUGGUCCUGGCUGUGGAGCUGAGUGAGGCUGGAGAUGCGGGAGACCAGGGGUCGGAGCUGAGCGGACACACCCAGGAAGACUGGAGGGCCGUGCAGGGAGAGGCCCAGGUCCAGCUGGUGCUCACCUACAACGACUUUGCUGUGCAUUGCUUCUCCCGUAGCUUCUACACAGAGGCAGUCCUGCUGCUCAACAAGGCCAUCCAGGAGCAGAAGGAGGAGAGUGGCCUCUACAUCAACAGAGGAGACUGUUUCUUCAAACAGGAUGAGUGGGAGUUUGCCCUGGCUGACUACCAGCAGGCGAAGGAGAUCUCUCCUGAUGACCAGGUCAUUAGGAUCCGCCUCGCUGUCAUCCACAACACCCUGGGAACACACUGCUACCAGGACCGGAAGUACCAGGAGGCAGCUGACAAGUUCUCUGAGGCCAUCAAUUAUAACCCUGGAGUUAGCCGGUACUAUGAGAACCGAGCCAAAGCCCACAGUAAACUGCCCAACGUUGAGGGGGCCAAGCAGGAUGCCAUCAGUACCCUCAUCCUGGACCCCACUAAUGAUCAGAACUGA